CCCACACACUCCAUAAACACACAGCAGCCGUUCAUCCGAUCACUGAACUCAAGAAAGCGCUCGGAUCAAACAAGAAACGAGUCCAGGAGUAACGACUGAAUCUACUGUAACGAUGGAGUUUCUUAAAGACGAGAAAGAAGACGCGAGUGAAGCAGAAACACAGAAACAUGAAGAUCCUGACGAACAGACAGACCUGAUGGAAGUGGAAGAGGAAAGUGAAGAACAGAGUGAGGUUGAAGAGGAAAGUGAAGAAGAACCGAAUGAAAAAUCUUGUAAAAAGAAUAAGAAAAAGAAUAAAAGAACUCAGAGAAGUGGAGCUAGAAAGUCGUGCACCUGCCGUCAGUGCGGAAAGAGUUUCACGUGUAAAGGAAGCCUGAAGGAUCACAUGAGAAUUCACACCGGAGAGAGACCUUUCACAUGCAGCUACUGUGGAAAUGGGUUUAAACAAAGAGCAAGUCUUACAGAACACAUCAGAAUCCACACCGGAGAGAAGCCGUUCAAGUGCACUCAGUGCGAGAAGAGUUUUCGACAAAAAGGAGCCCUUACGGGACACAUGAGAAUUCACAGUCAGGAGAAGCCUUUUACAUGCCAGCAGUGCGGGAAAACUUUUGCAUUUAGCGGAAACUUACAGAUUCACUUAAAAACUCACUCCAGUCUGAGGCCCUUCAUCUGUCCUCAGUGUGGGAAAGGUUUUAAAUUUGCAGCAGACCUGAAAUCACACGAGAUCUUGCACAGUGGCCUGAAGCCGUUUCACUGCGCUCCGUGCGGGAGGAGCUUCAGCCAAAUGACCGAUCUUAAAAGACAUUUAAAGUCAUUCAAACAUACUAAAUACAAGUCGCUAGAGAGAUUCAUGAUCCAGAGCGGCUCCUCAGAUCAUGGUUUGCCCUCAGGAGUGAAUGUGCCAUUCACUAAAACACACUUCCUGCAGUGAACUUCCUGCUGUUUUGAUAAAGGCAGUACAAAGCAGAUCAGUGUAUUAAACAAAUAAUUAAAUGAUUGUGAUGUCGAUUACUGUAAACAGAUGCUUGAAAAUUCAGGAGUAACAACAGAUUUAAAUGAAUAAAAUGACUUGUGUAUGGUACCGUUCAAAAACAAGGUCUGUCACUUAUUCCUGCACCUUGAAGAUUUCAUAUCGAUGACAAGUGUGGUAUGGAGUACAACAAGGCUCAGUACUAGGACCGCCGCUUUUCACCCCUAAUGGCCUGCAUAGUUGAUAUCUAAAAACAAAAUCAGAUGACUAGUCAUACUUAAUAUUAAAUCCUGAAAAACCAAGGUUUAAAAAAAAAACAAAAACAUCC